AGUGGACCAUUACGGAGGUAACAUCGCAAACACGAACAACAAAUACUCAUUGUGAGACAAUGGUGUAUUGUUAUUCUUUUCCGCGCUUGCAAGCGAGUUGGCGCGGAAAACAUGAAGGACAUUUCUACAUAUGAUCAAGGCAUAUUGGUAAACGCUUGUAACUGAUUCGAAAUAUAGUUAAAUAUUCACCCGAUUCACAGCGCGCUAAUCGUUUUGCUACAUUCGUCAGUUAUUUCCGCGAAUAGUUUCUCCUGCGUUUCAAUUGUCGUACUGGUUGAUUUGUCAAUAUUCAGACCUCGCAGCGAGUAGUAAUUGCUAAUAGAAAGCUCGUAAUUUGGUCGUAAAAUAGGAAGAAGGUAACUAAGGGAAAGAGGGCAACAAAAAUUACAAUAUUGCACAGUAAUCGAGGGUUUUCAGUAUUAUCAACAUCAUGAUGGACCUUCAAGCCAUGUGUCGGCUCUGUUUCUUCAAGUUACACGAGCCGCAGAAUAUCUUUGAAACUCCAGGUCUCUUGGAUAGGAUAGUCAAGUUCGCCGGCGUGCAGAUCGCAAAGGGUGAUGGUCUGCCCAACAGCAUCUGCGACUUAUGCGAAUUGAAGUUACAGAUAACGGAUAAAUUCAGUCGCCAAGUAUCACUCGCCGAUAAACGUAUCAGGGAGGCCGCACAGUUUUACAACAGAUCGCACGACAAUAAUCGAGGCAAUGAUCUGGACGGGAGAAUUUCAAAUUAUGCGCAACGGGAGAAGAGUGAACCGUGCUCUGAUCUCAAAAUUCCAUUACAAUUUUCGAAUCCGAGUACCUCGAACAAUUCGAAUGGAAAAAAUUCAGCGAACACUCCCGUUCUGUAUUCGUAUUCAACGGCCAGGUCCAUGGUGGCUGCCUAUAAGGCGUUGAUAAGUCGUUGUAUUUUGCUGGGCUUUCCAGAGGACUUUACACUUCCAUCGUCCAUGGCAUUCUCAGAAGAAGAAACUAACUCCGAAGGUGAAAUGCAAGCCACUAGACCGGCCCCGGUUCGUCGACGCCGCAGCAAAAAAAAAUUGCAAGGUCAAGCCGAUGACGUUCUGCCGAAGCGGCCAAGAAGCGUCCCGGUGCCGUCUAGUCCACAUCGUGGGUAUAAGCGAUGCCCGCGUACCCCGGACCCGCUGAACCUUCUCAAAGUUAAAAAAAUUGAACCUCUGAACAUCGGCGACUGCACCACUGAUGCCGAGAAUCAAAUCGUGUCCUCGUCCAAGGAGUCUUUGCACUCUGCAAUGGACACGACCAGAUUACGAACCCGGUCUCAACUGGGCAACAUCAAAACCCCGAAGUACUACGAAUCAUCCGUAAACUCGGACACAAACUGUUCGGAGGCAUCGUACGGAUCCUGCUCAACGGAGAUAUCGCAAUAUACUAUCGAACGUGAGAGGCAGAGGACCAAAAGCCGUCCAGACUUUGCCACUUCUGCAGCACGAACAAUCAAGCAGGAUAAGAUGGUGGCGGUAGCUAAUGAAAUGCCGGAUAACAAGUGUCCAACUUGCAAGAAAAUUUGUGCGAACGCGUUCGGGCUUUGGGUACACUUACACUUAGUUGAAUUAUAAUUUCUUUCAAGCUGAUUUUUUCAUGCGCAUUCAGACAUUCGAUUUUAUACAUUUUUCAGAUGCACAUGUGCGUUGUCCAUCGGACGGAUAAAUGUCCAAUAUGUCGUGAUCCGACUCCGGAUAAAGAGGAUUUCCGCAUCCAUAUGCAUCGACAUCAUCCACCGUUCAAUAGAUCACCUAAGACCGUAUUCAGAUGCUCAGUAUGUAGUAAAAUUUGCAAAUCUAAAGUAGGCUUGAGUUUACACGUACGGCACCACACCAGAUCAUGCCACGAAGGCCAGUCGAAGGGCAAGUGUGGUACGCGAUAGGGACGCAGCAACUUUGAAUCUGAACGAUUAUUUUGGAGAACGGGUCGCCGCAUUAUGUAAACAGGAAAAGAGUGUAGAAAGGAAAAAAAAAAGAAAGAAACGGAUCAAAGUUACUGUGGCUGGUUUCCGCAGACCUGACACUGCGUGUACCAGAGGUCGUGAGUUUUCUAGUCAUGUAAAGGGUCGUUUGAUUAUAAUAUUUUUGGUUGCUUCAAGUUGUUUUAACUGUAAUUAUAUACAUAUUGCGUGUCGUGAAGUAACGUAUUUCAUUACGUUGAAGAUAAUCAUAAGAGUUUUAUAACUUGUCGAUAGAUAAUUUUAUCUAAGUAGAAAAGAUAGGUUGGCUAAUUAUAAAACCUAGGUGUAUGAAGUAGGUCAACUGCGGCCCUUUACAGACGAAUAAUGAACGAGAUGUACAUGAAAAAAUGCAGGUCAUAUUAUGUGCUCUAGCAUAUUUCGCACUUUUUGAAUUAUUGCAUUUAAGUCAAUUAUUAUCCAAUCAUAUAUGGUGCUGGAAGCUGUAAUACCCGAAGUCGUUAAUUACGAGCUUCAUUAUUUUACGGACGUUUCAUUUUCUCAUCUACUUGGCCUUUCCUUACCCCUCCACUAUAUCUGUUCAUUCUUGAUUCUGAAUUCUCGACUCUUGAUUCCAAAUUUUUAAUGAACAAUUCUUUAUUUUUUGAAUUUACUCAAAUUAUCAUGAAUUUUGAGUAUCAUCAGUUUAAUAAAUAUGUACUCAAACUCUGCAAAUAAUUUAUUUUCAUCCUCAAUAAUAUACGGAUCGAUUACCCCAACGUACGAAAACAAGGAUAUGGAAGAUAUCGGAUGGAAAAAACCUCACGAAAUUGAGAGAAACGGUGAAAUCUCAGUGAAACGGACAUCUCCCAAAUCCCGUUGAUAACUGUUGCAACGUGUCCACGAGAUUUCGAUCGCGAGGCUUCUUUUCGUCUCGGAAUUAUUUGAAAGACAAGGGUGCCCCGCUCGAUCUAACUGUAGCGUAUUUUCGGUAGUCUCCUAUCUUCUGCAUGUAACUCCGACGUAUGUACGACGUACAUACGUACGUACACGGAGAGGAAUCCGAGGAAAUUCUCGAGGUGCAGAGGUUUUAUUUGAUUGGCUCGGAGUGCUCUUCUAUACGGCGAGGCUCCCCGGGAGGUUGCGUACCUAGUCAGCAUUCUGCAUCUUGCCCGCAGCAGCUCCGACCCUCCGAUCCUCCACAGUCCUGACAUCACACUACUAUCAGAUCACUUCAAGUCUACACCCUAUCGGGGCACAUCUCGACUCUACGGGUCCUUCGUCUCUUCGUACCGACGUCCAUAUCUACACGGAAAGACGCGGAAGCGCAGAUAUUAGAGAACGCAGCUUUGGCCCGGUGUCAAGUUGAAACCACUCCGCGGGAGACCGACGCCGACUCGUUCAACCCCACGGCACGAACUUUCCACCGAGCUAAUUACCCUCCCGAAAUUCUGCGGGACA